AUGACACCAGGCAAUGGCUUCAAUUCAAAUCGUGGUGUGUUUGGUAAUGUAUCUCAACAAGAAACAGUUCUUUGUGUGGCUUACGGAAACAAUGCUGAAAGUUGUUUCAGUGCCGGAAACUCUGGUUUGAUACAUUGUUGGGGCAACAACAUUUUGCUGAAAGUCAUCCAAGGUCACCAGGGACCUGUGUUCUCAAUGUACUCCAGCGAUGAUAUUCUUAAGUCCGCCUUCAGAGAAAUGCAGAGUUUAUUUUCGACUUAUCUUUACGGAAUGUUGAAUAUAAAAGAACAGCUGACGUUUGUGACUGGUGGCAAAGACGGCACAGUGAUUACGUGGACCAAUCAGUUCGUGGACAGGCAUCACGUGGUCGUCAUCGAUUCUUCCACAUUCAACGGCAACCAUAACAAACACAAUUUGGCGUCAUCGUCCAAUCGAACCAGCGUCCAGUCAAAUACGAGAUGCAUCAAAUCAGCGGUGAUUGGUGGAAAUGGAAGCUUGUUGUUAGUAGGUACCAAAGAGUCUGAAGUUGUUGAGCUCAACAUCAGCAGUAACCAGAUUCAUAUUAUCGAACAGGGACAUGGUGAGGGAGAAAUGUGGGGGCUGGCUACCCACCCAAACAAGAUGUACUUUGCUACUGUUAGUGACGACUGCACACUGAGACUCUGGAGUGUUGGUGCCAGUGGGCCGACGCUGGCGCUGAUGAAGUACUUGGAUCGACCAUCGAGAUGUAUUGCAUUCUCCAGCGAUGGAGGGCUGCUUGUUGCUGGCAUGACCGAUGGUAGUUUUGUAAUCUUCAACUCGACGACGUUAACCGAAAAAAUGAAAGUCCACAAACGAAAACAGAACAUAUCCGAUAUGAAGUUCUCACCAGACCCUGGUGCUUACUUAGCAGUAGCCUCCCACGACAACUUUGUUGACAUCUACAAUGCGUCGACGUGUCAACUGGUGGGUGUGUGCAAAGGUGCAUCCAGUUACGUAACACAUUUGGAUUGGAAUGAUGACGGAAGUGUACUUCAAGUGAACACGGGAGCUAGGGAGCACCUCUUCUACCAAGCCCCCCGAGGAAACAGAAUCACUCCAACCCUGACAGACAUUGAGAACUUUGUUUGGUCGACGUUCACCGGGGUGUUGGGGCCCAUGUGUGCCGGAAUUUGGUCGCCUUAUAGUGACGUCACCGAUGUAAACAGUUCCAGUUUGACUAGGGACAAGCGAUAUUUGGUGACUGGUGACGAUUUGGGACUCGUCAAGUUGUUCAAUUUCCCAGCAAAGCUAAAGAAUAACAAGCACAAGAGGUACAUGGGCCACAGCGCUCACGUGACCAACGUCAGAUGGAUGUGUGAUGGUCGCACGCUCAUUUCCAUUGGUGGUGAUGAUGCCUCAAUAUUAAUCUGGAAGCUGAUCGGAGGACCAGAACAGGUUCAACUUGAACCGGUUGCAGGUCGCGAAAACAGGUCAAUGAAUGGAGUGACUAAUGAGCCAGGUCGGAGUGCAAAGGCCAUCCAAAGUGAAGAUUCCAACAGUGAUGGCAGUGAUGAGGGUGAGGAUAAUAUUCCAGGUGGUUAUGAUAGUGAUGUCGAGCGGGAGGCCAAGAUCGAUUAUGUGCCCAAGUUCAAUAUCGAUCCGCUGAGAGACAAGCAGGUGGCUUCAAAUGUUGGUAGCGGCGAGAAUGAUGGAGGUGGUGGUGGUGAUAACGGAGGAGGAAUUGCACUUAAUAAGGAAAACACAGUUGUCGAUAGUGUCAAGUUUUUAUUCAGUCGACGAAUUGAAAACAAAAACUUUUCAACCCCUGAAAAAAACGAUCUCAAAAUUGACAGCAAUGAAAUAAAAGGCCUUCAAUUGAAGUUGGUGUAUGGCUACAGGGGAAUGGACACACGCAACAAUCUGCAUUAUUUGGAUCAUGCCGGUGCUGAGAUUGUUUACCACACGGCCGCUACUGUCGUUGUCGUUGAUGUGGCAACUGGUUGUCAACGAUUCUAUCUUGGUCAUUCUGAUGACAUCAUAAGCUUGGCAACCAAUCAGAAUCCUCGUUACAAAGGCAUCGUUGCAACGGGUGAUAUCGGUCAACGACCUACCAUCCACGUAUGGCAUAGCAAAACCAUGUCAACAAAUUCGGUGUUGAGUGGCGUGUUGAAAGGGGGAGUGGUCAGUGUAGACUUUUCAUGCGGGGGGAAAUUGCUGGUGGCCGUGGGGUUGGAUGAGGAACACACUAUCGUCGUAUACAACUGGGUUGAAGGAAUGCGGUGUCUCCGAAUCUGGAUAUUCGGAUUGGGGUCGAAGCCCCGAAAUCCGAAGAGUUUUGGAUUCACAAAAUACAACGCCAUAGAUUCAGUAAAACCUUGA